GAAUACUUGAAGCAACUGAAAGCAUCAUGGCAUGGGUGCCCAAGACGCGGUUCGAGCACGACCUGGUGCAAUUGGAGCCGGGCUUUAAUCUGGUUCAUGGACAGAUCGCCUACGAGCUGAUGAAGAAACAGGAGUUCUCAAAAGUCGUCCCCAUGAAUACCUACGAGUACUUGGCAGCCCGUGAAGAUCUACUUGGAUAUGGGACGCCAGGCGGAAAGGGGCGGGAAAUCCGUCAAAGUCUGCAAAUGAUGGAGAAGAUUCAGAGAGUAGCUGGCACCAAGCCGCUGGGCGAGCACGCCACAAUGGAGGACUGGGAGGACACCACAACGGUGGAGAAAGAGGCGUUGGCCAUCAUCCGGAACUUCGGAAGAAUGCCAAUUAGACAGGAUCCACUACCCCUCCAUCCACAGACUCGCUUACCUAAGGCAGUUCAAAAUAAAAGCCAGCGAUUUCCUCUGAUCACAGAUCCCGAAUUCUUCACACCACGUAAGAUUCGCAGACCAAAGGAGCUACCGCCAGAGGAAUACAGUCCUAAUAGCUCAGCAGAUGACUCAUUCCACACCGCUGAAAGUCUGAGCAGCUGCAUUUGGCUGUACGGAUCAAAAUAUCCAGAAAAGAGUAGCAAAGAGAGUAGGAUGGACAACUUUAUUGAAUUAUAUUAAGACAAUCCCAGUUGAGCUGGGUAAGAACAAGGAGAUAGAAGACUUAUAUUACAAAUUUGAUAAGGAAUUAGUUAAAUGCGACCAUAAUCGAGCUAAGAGCAUGUACUGAAUAAUUUGAAAUAAAUAUUGUUUAAAGUUCAAUUUGCAACGGUCUACACUUGUCUAUGUAAGUCGCAUUUUGAAGAGGAAGUUAUAACAGUUUUUUCUUUACUUUUUUUAAUCACAAAUGUAUGGUAUUAUUAAACCAGUCAUAUUUG